AUGCCUCCCAACCAUGGCCUGGACUGGCGAGACAGCAAUGUCGAGCUCGUAGGGUCAGAUCUUGACCACAAAGUCAAGUACAACUCGGCUGCCACGGAGCCCGCCUGGCAGGGGCUCGGCGAGCAGCCGGGGCUCCGUGUUUGGCGCAUCGAGAACUUCCAGGUCGUCGCCUGGCCUGAGGACAAGUACGGCCAGUUCCACGAGGGAGACAGUUACAUAUGCGUCCACUCCUUCAAGCUCGGGGACAAACUCGGCCACGACAUCUUCUUCUGGCUCGGCUCCAAGACGACCCAGGAUGAGGCUGGCACCGCCGCCUACAAGGCCGUCGAGCUCGACGAGUUCCUCCACGGCGUCGCCACCCAGCACCGCGAGCUCCAGCGCGAGCCGUCCGACGACUUUGCCGCCCUCUUCCCCCGCAUCCGCAUCCUGGCCGGGGGCGUCCGCUCCGGCUUCACCCACGUCGACACGGACACCGAGGAACCCGAGGACUUCUCCAUGCUGCUACGGGUCUUCAAACACCCAACCUCGCGCCGCGCGGAUGCCGUCAUCGUGCACGAGGUCGAGCCCCAGUGGCAGAGUUUGGACGAGAACGACGUCUUCAUCUUGCAGCGUCCCGACAAGAUCUGGGUGUGGCAAGGCAAGAAGUGCAGCCCCAUGGAGAAGGCCAAGGCAGCCCAGGUCGUCCACGACCUCACCUUAGCCAAGCACAUCGACGUCGAGGUGCUUUCCGAGGCUGAGGCCAGGUCCAGGACAAUUGUGAGCAUGCUCGGAGGUGAUCAGGAUACCACUGGGCCAUUCCAAGCAGCUCGGCCCAUGGCGGCCUCUCGCGGUUCCAACGCUGCCCAGCGCCCACGCAAGCUAUUCCGGCUGUCGGAUGAAGCAGGCAAGCUGCAGUUCAACAAGGUGCGCGAGGGCAGCUCGAUUGGAAAGGGCGAUCUGGUCAGCGACGAUGUUUUCGUGCUUGACACUGGAAGUGGAGUCUGGGUCUGGCAGGGUGCUCAGGCAAGCAAGGCUGAAAAGGCCGCCUGGAUCCGAGUGGCAGAGUCGUACGUCCGAAGUCUGGAGGACGACACUUCCCCAUCGUCAACCGCGUACCUGGCCCCUAUCUCAAAGGUGGUGGAAGGUCAUGAGCCUGCUGCUUUCCUGCGAGCGCUAGAAGCAUGACAGUGCAAUAGGUGGUGGCUUGGGUA